AUGAAAGUCCCACUUUACCUUUUAAUACUUCUUCCUCUAUUAGCAUCAAGCUUCACAUUCUGUUCACCAGUCCAAGAUCCUGAAUCAGUAGUCCAAGAAGUUAACGAAAAACUAAAUGCAUCAAGAAGGAAUUUGGCAUUCAUGUCUUGUGCCACUGGCAAUCCAAUUGAUGAUUGUUGGAGAUGUGAUCCCAAUUGGGAGAAAAACCGGCAGCAUUUAGCCGAUUGCGCAAUUGGGUUUGGGAAACACGCCAUUGGUGGGAGAGACGGUAAAAUAUAUGUUGUGACGGACUCUGGAGAUGAUGCUGUGAAUCCAAAACUGGGCACUUUGAGAUAUGGGGUGAUCCAAAAUGAACCGUUAUGGAUUAUUUUCGCCAACGAUAUGGUGAUUAAGCUUAAGCAAGAGCUGAUGAUGAACUCAUUCAAGACCAUUGAUGGUAGAGGUGCAAGUGUACAUAUUGCAGGAGGGGCAUGUAUUACUGUACAAUAUGUGACAAAUAUCAUAAUCCAUGGCCUAAAUAUACAUGACUGUAAGCAGAAAGGGAAUGCAUAUGUGAGGGACUCACCAGAGCACUAUGGAUGGAGAACUUUAUCCGAUGGUGAUGGGGUGUCGAUAUUUGGUGGCAGCCAUGUUUGGGUCGAUCACUGUUCGUUAUCUAAUUGUCGUGAUGGACUAAUCGAUGCCAUCCAUGGAUCGACUGAAAUCACGAUAUCGAAUAACUACUUGACACAUCAUAAUAAGGUCAUGCUCUUGGGACAUAGCGAUACUUAUAAGCGUGACAAGAACAUGCAAGUCACCAUUGCAUUCAACCAUUUCGGUGAAGGGCUUGUGCAGAGAAUGCCAAGGUGUAGACAUGGGUAUUUUCAUGUGGUGAACAAUGACUUUACUCACUGGGAAAUGUAUGCAAUUGGGGGUAGUGCAGAUCCUACAAUCAACAGCCAAGGCAACAGAUUUCUUGCUCCUAAUGAUAGAUUUAACAAAGAGGUUACAAAACACGAGGACGCACCAGAGAGCGAGUGGAAGAAAUGGAACUGGAGAUCCGAAGGCGACCUAAUGCUCAACGGUGCCUUCUUCACCCUGUCUGGUGCCGGAGCAUCUACAAAUUAUGCCAAGGCAUCUAGCUUAAGUGCAAGACCAUCUUCUCUUAUAGGUUCAAUCACAAUGGGAGCAGGUGCGCUUGGCUGCAAGAAGGGUAAACGUUGCUAA